AUGGCAGCUGUCGUGACACGCUCAGCCGCCGCGCACACCAGGAACAGGCCAAGCUUGCAGCGGCGACUGUCCAACGAGCACGCGUGUCUGCAUUCUCUGCCCCCGCGGUCCACAUCGCGUCGCGAAAGGGGCCCGGCUUCACAGGCACUGGCCACAGGCACUGGCCACAGGCACUGGCAUUCGACGGCAGCCGCUUCGUUCUUGCUCUCAAAAGCCUUGCUGUGCCACUCUUUUCUGCGCUUUGUCUUGGUUGUUAUUGUCCUGCUCUUCACCGCCUGCUUUUUUGGACUGGCACAAGAGCCUACCCCGUCUUCUACCACGCCUACAGUUUCAGCCCGCAGUCCGCGUCCGCAGCAGCCCUCCCCGUCGACGUCUGCUGGUGAAAGCAGCGUGCAGCCCGAGUUUGACGUCUGCAGUUCGCUCACCAGUCCGAUACGCACUAUCGAUAAAUACGACGUUAGACCGUCAGCCGUAGCCGCCCCGUGA